AAAAUGCAAUGUAAUGUUUCCCCUCUAGCCUUGAAAAUGCAGUGUCAAGUACAAACAACAGAAGUAAUGGAGACAUUUGCUCCAGCUGAGUUUGUUAAUCUACCAAAAGCAAUUAUCUGUUAAUAUUUUGUUAGGGCUACUCUGGCCUCCCUCAUUGCUGUGACUGUGUGGCCAGGUUCCAGGCUUUUGAACCAAGGAAGAAAUGCACAUUCAAAACUCCUGCAAACUAGUUUGCAAUUUUAGUGCCAUAACAGCCAGAGAAAAUUGCACAUGCCAGCAGCUUUUUCUGAAAGUCCUCAGCUAUUUGAGUUUAGAACUUCCCCUUCCCUUCAUCUCAACUUUAUGAAAACAAAAGGGAUUAUUAGGAAACAGAUUUAAUAUGUCUUCUUUCUGUUACUGCAGUGCAGUUUAGAGUCUGUUGCAUUCUAUGCAUCUAUUUCCUUCUUUUCCAAGAGCAUCUGACAUUUCUGCACAGCUUCACGAUGGCUGGUGUAACUUCAAACUCUCCAGUGUUGCAUGUUCUGUGUUUUCAUGAAAACCAUGUGUUGCUGCAAGCUUUCACAGGGGAAGCUAGUUCCGAGACUCAGCUGUCAAAAUCUUUCAUUCUAGCAGUCUUCCUUCUUGCUUGAAGAACAUAUUAAUGUACUUCAUUUGAAAAACAGAAGUGUAAUUCCUCUUCUAGCAGGCAGAAACUUGGCUGACUUGUUACUGUUUCACUUAGUCUGAGCUGAAUUGCUCUCCAAGCUUCACUGAUUUAAUCUCAAACUGUAUUUAGUCCUCACCUUCAUGGCUCUGGGUGGGAAUGUUCCCCAGAGUGAGGAGGUGAAUGAACACCGAGAGAACACCGAUUAGAAAUCUAGGCCACUUUUGACUGAAAGCUGUUUCUCUGUGCAUAGUCUUUUAUAUGUUUUUGUGAAUUUAAGAACAGUUGAAUUUUAUGGAAAUACUUUUCAGAGACAAGGCAUGAGGCUAGAUGCAUAUUUGACAAUACAUUCAUGUGUUACUGGGACACUUUGUUGCUGAUAAACUUGAAAAUGAUGGGUGUUGAUAAUGGCCAGAUAGGAAAAUAAGAUUCAUUUAAGUCAUAGCUUUGAAGAGUUUAGUGUAUGUAAGAAUCAAGACCAACUCAUACCUUUUUGUCUCCACUAAGGCCUCUUCUUGCAAGCCUGUAGGUGAAAUGUCACUAUUCAUGUAUAAAGAGGUAUUCAUACUACUGCAAAAUAUUAAUAUCUUAUAAUACUUGAUUCUGUUCAGUAGUUGAUUAGUGACAGCAGAUCUGGUAGAUUUAAAUGGAACCAACAUGCUUCUGUAGAAUUUAUGAUCUCCUGGAUUUAGGGGUAAAAUUUCAAGACUUUUUCUGUAUGCUUCUGUAGUCUGCUGCUUUAUACUAUCUCUAAUCCCUGCUUUUUCCUCAGUUGAAAUCUUCAGAGGUGCUUGUGUUGGAUUGCAUUGAAGAGAAAAUAUUUAUAAGCCCUUCAAUGGCAGUGAAUAAUCCUAUACCUUCCAACUUGAAGUCAGAAGCUAAAAAGGCAGCUAAAAUAUUACGAGAAUUUACAGAAAUAACUUCCAGAAAUGGACCUGAUAAAAUCAUACCUCCUCAUGUAAUAGCUAAAGCGAAAGGCCUUGCAGUUUUGUCUGUUAUCAAAGCUGGAUUUUUGGUGACUGCUCGAGGUGGAAGUGGAAUUGUAUUAGCUCGUCUUGCUAAUGGAACUUGGUCUGCUCCUUCUGCAAUAGGAAUUGCUGGCCUUGGCGGUGGAUUUGAAAUUGGAAUUGAGGUUUCAGACUUAGUGAUAAUACUGAAUCAUGAAAGAGCAGUAGAAGCUUUUGCCAAAGGAGGGAAUCUUACACUUGGAGGAAAUCUUACGGUGGCAAUUGGACCACUAGGGAGGAAUUUAGAAGGGGAUGUUGCCCUGAGAAGUUCUGCUGCUGUCUAUACGUAUUGCAAAUCUCGAGGACUCUUUGCAGGUGUAUCUCUGGAAGGAACCUGUUUAAUUGAAAGGAAAGAAACAAAUCGCAAGUUUUAUGGGCAGGAUAUUCGCGCCAGUGCCAUCUUGCUUGGUGAUGUGCCUUUUCCUGCUCAAGCAGAAGAUCUUUAUGAAACUCUAGCAUCUUUCACUGAAGUAUAUGAAAAUGAGGAGCAAAAAAAUAAUCCAGGAAAAGCUGUAAGGGAACAAAGAAGGGUAAAUGACCCACCUGCUAGACCAUCAUCAAGACCAGAACCACCGAAGCCCACUGUUAGGCCGACACCACCAGCUAAAAAGAAUACAAACAAACUUUAUCCUGAACUUCCAAAUGAUUAUGCCUCUGUGGGUAACUCUUGGAGUAAUCCAGUAGAAGUGACAGCACUUUAUUCAUUUGAAGGACAACAGCCGGGUGACUUGACUUUCAGAGCUGGAGACAAAAUCACAGUCACAACCAAAACAGAUUCCCAGUUUGAUUGGUGGGAAGGCAGAAUAGGAGCACAAACUGGCAUCUUUCCAGCCAACUAUGUUGCCAUAAGUAACAACUAAAUUUGUAUAAAAUAAAAUGUUGAAGCAGUAAUAUAUUUACACUGAAAAAUAUAUUUUAACUUUUCAGAUUUUAUUAAAAUGAGAUUCUUUAUCAAUACUAUUCUAGAACAAAAUUUACAUUAAUUAAAUGACCUUAAGUUUCCCCUAAACUUAUUUCUUAAAUAAACAGUAAGUGAUGGUAAAUUUACUAUGAAGUUUUGUUUGAGCAAGUUACCAUAGAAAAAGUACUCCAAUUUAUGUCUAAUUUCAAUUCUCUCUUGCUUUAUGGAUUUUUUACUUCAGUGAAAAAUUGCAAACAAAUUUAAAUUAGACAUGUUGGGAAAAUACUGAUUUCUAUUAAAUUAUAAUUUAUGGUCUCUUUCUAUAAUAAAUGCUCUCAAAUUUGCUUGAAA